UCUGGGUAGCCUGGCUCCGCCCUCCUACGUGUUUCCGCUUAAUUUUCAUUGCUGUGUAGAGUUUUGUUUUCUCCUGCAAAAAUCUGCAGGUCCAAUCAGCGAACAGAGGGGGGUUGGCUAAGAACGAUGACGUUGAGGUUGUGCGCCAGACUGAGUUGUAGUUCAGUAAUGGCUGCGGGAAAAGAUGCAAGCAAUGCUAUUAGGUCCGUCGUGGCAACGCAGUCGAAUAUCAAAAAUUUACAGCCGGAGCAAGAACAAGCUUUGCUAAGUUUUGUUAGUGGCCAUGACGUUAUGGCCCUCCUCCCGACAGGGUUCGUGAAAAGUUUGAUUUUCCAGCUCGCUACGUUAGUGGUGAAGGAGAUGGCUAAAGCUAGUGGUGCAAAGCCUAUAGUUGUUGUCGUCUCGCCUCUUGUUGCACUUUUGGAGGACCAGGUGAAGGAGGCAGAGAAGUUGGGAGUUCGUGCUGGGCAGCUCGGCGUGCACGAUGACCGUGACAUUUUGGAAGGACGCUUGAGCCUGGUGUUCGGGAGCCCCGAGUCCUGGCUGCUGAACAACAAAUGGCGACGAAUGCUAGCCUCGACCGUAUACCAUGAUAACCUCGUUGGAAUAGUCGUGGACGAGGUCCACGUUACAUACAAAUGGGGCGAGGCUGUCAAAGGCGAGUCGGCAUUCCAAGACAGUUUUGCCAAGCUCGGAGAGCUAAGAUCUAUCACCAAGGAAGGUACACCUGUUUUAGCACUGACUGCCUCAGCUGACAUCAAGUCCAGAAGCAGAGUCAUCCGACUACUUCAUAUGGACAAUGCUGUUCAAAUCAUCGCUAGUCCCAACAAGACAAACAUCCCUCUUGGAUUGUGCAAGGUGCCGAACCAUCAGAUGAACUGCCUAGACUGGAUAGACUGCGAAACGCUGAGAUCAGUGGGGAGAGUUUUCUCAUACCUGAAGGCAGAACUGCAAGGACAUGCCUGGGUAGGCUGUGAUCCGGACUGUAGAAGUGACAACCUCCUGAUUGGCAUGUUCCACAGCAAAACCCUCCCCCAAAACAAGGAGAGAGUGUUGGCUUCACUGAGGGGGGAAGGUAAUUGCCGGGUGGUUGUUGCAACUACAGCUUUGGGGAUGGGGUUGAACUUCCCUAGUGUUUCACAUGUCGUAAUGUACGGCCCUCCGGGGGACCUAGAGUCAAUUUUACAACAGGUGGGCAGGGCUGGAGGCAUGGUCAGCCAUCACAUGACAUCCUAUACAACACUGGACAGUAUUUCAAGGUGGAUGAAGAGGUAA